AUGGAAAGGGGAAAAGCGAAAAGGGUUUUCAACAAACUGCAACAAACUUUUCAUCAUUCUAAAGAACCCACCUUCCUUAUCAACCAAGCUGUCCUAUCUCCUCACUCCCACGCGAGCCUUUUGCCAGAAACGGAGCACGCCAGUCCCGGCGGAAAAUUAGAGAGCAGCGCUCAGAACACCAGACCCGGGACUGUGAUAGUGUCCAGACGGCCAGGCAGAAGGAUGGUACCGGGCGGCCAGCUGGGCCCUCCGGUCAUCCCCGCCCGCAGGCCCAGGUUCCGGGUGUGCUACAUCUGUGGCCGAGAGUUUGGCUCCCAGUCGCUUGCCAUUCACGAGCCUCAGUGCUUGGCGAAGUGGAGAAUUGAAAACAGCAAGCUGCCCAAGCACCUGAGGCGGCCAGAACCCUGCAAACCUCAGCCGGUGGGCAGCGGCGGGCCCUCGGGUCUGCAGGCGGCCAACGAGGCCGCGUUCCAGAGCGCCCAGGCCCAGCUUCUGCCCUGCGAGUCCUGCGGCCGCACAUUCUGGCCGGACCGGCUCCCGGUUCACCAGAGGAGCUGCAGGCCCAGGGGCGAGGGGCCUCGAGCCCCAGAACCCGACAGGUCUGUCACUGCUCUCGGAAGAGCUCCUACUGCAAUCUCAGCCCGACCAAGGACUCUUGUCUGCUACAUUUGCGGUAGGGAAUUUGGCACCCUGUCCCUUCCUAUUCAUGAGCCCAAAUGCCUGGAAAAGUGGAACAUAGAGAAUAGCCAGCUGCCCAGGGAGCUCCGCCGGCCACUCCCGCAGAAGCCGCAGCCGCUUCCAGGCGGACAGCAGAGCCGCGAGGGCGCCCGUGGAGCCCAGCUGGUGCCCUGCGCCAACUGCGGCCGCACCUUUGCCCCAGACCGCCUCCUGGUACACCAGAGAAUCUGUAAAGCUCAACCUCGUGGGCUACAGGAUCAGAAUUUAGGGAGUACGAGUGGCCUAAAGGAGCCCGCUAAUCCCAAGCAGCAAAGGACCAUGGCAGCGCCCCGUAGAACCGAGAAGGUAACUCCUGCUACAUGA